UUCACUUGAGCAAUUGCAGCAACAACAUCACGAUGAGUUUCAAGAACAAAGUUGCUUUAGUAACCGGAGCAAGCUCCGGCAUCGGAGCCGCCGCGGCGAAGUUGUUCAGCGACGAGGGAGCUCGCGUCGUGAUGGUCGGACGCAACGAGAAGAAGCUCUCUGCCGUGGCCGCGCGCUGCAACUCGCCGCUCGUGAUCCGCGCGGACGUCUCUAAGGACGAUGAUGCGAGACGAAUCAUUAACGAAACCGUCAAGAAGUUUGGACAAAUCGACGUCUUGGUCAACAACGUGGGCGUCACGAUAAACAACGGUGGACUACUUGCCGAUGAUAUGAUGUCGUCGUACGACGCCGUCAUGAGUAUCAACCUUCGGUCUUGCGUUCAUUUAACGUCCCUAGCUGCGCCGUACCUGAUCAAGACCAAGGGUAACAUUGUGAACAUAUCGAGCAAUGCAGGAAUAAUUGCACCGAUCGGUCCAGGAUUGGCGGCUUACUACGUUUCAAAAGCAGGCAUGAACCAUUUCACCGUCUGCGCUGCGGCGGAGUUGGGAGUUCACGGUGUGAGAGUAAAUACGGUCAGCCCCGGACCAGUGAGGACUGACUUCUUUGAAAACGCUAAAUCACCAAUCGAUUUCAACGAUAUUCGUCCCAUGACCCUUCUCAACAGAGUCUCGGAGCCGGAGGAAAUGGCAGACUUGAUCUUGUACCUCGCGAGCGACAAGGCUAGAGGAAUCACGGGAUCUAACUACCUCAACGACAACGGCAUGACCAUUAAACAUUAGAACUGAUCGUAAUAUUAAUUUACUCAAUAAAAUUAUAUUUAAGCAUGUCAAGCCUUUUUUUUUAAAGUUUAAUUUGUAUGAAAAUGAAUGCAACAAAAGCCAGUGUGAAGUCAUUUUGCAUAUUUCUAUUGUUGUUAUAACCCUUUGGCUGCGAAAUUCUCGAAAACCGUUAAAAAGUAUUGUACAUGUAUGUAACUGUAUUGUAAUGUAAGUUAUGACGGUGUGUCUAGUUAGAACAGAGUGUUCGAUGUAUUCAGUGUAUCACAAGUAGUAAGAAUUUUUCGGGUAUUUCUUAUUUGUCGCAUAUGUAAACUUACUACAUAAAUUAUUAAAAUAGAAUUUUUUGUCAAUUAUCCAGCCUUUCUUUCCGAGUACUGAAGAGUGACAGAAUAAUAAUACGACGUAUAUUAUAAUACUCGUACUUUUUUAAUCAAAAUAUGUUUUACGAACACUUUUAUGAAGGUUCUAAUAAAGUUUCACAAACAA